AUGGCGUCAGACGAGAAUAUCAUCGCCGCUUCCCAGAAGCACCCCAUUGUACCCCUCCAGGCCGGGCAGCUCUACAAGUAUGGCACUGCGGGGUUUCGGAUGAAGGCCGACCUCCUCGAGGGCGUUGCCUUCCGGGUCGGCCUGCUGUCUGCUCUCCGGAGCCGUAAGCUUGGCGGUCAGACGAUUGGUGUCAUGAUCACCGCCAGCCACAACCCCGCCGCCGACAAUGGGGUCAAGAUCGUUGACCCCAUGGGUGAGAUGUUGGAGCAGGAGUGGGAAGGCUAUGCUACCAAGCUUGUCAACUGUGCGACCGACCAGGAGCUGGUCGACACCUAUAAGGCUCUGGCAGCCCAGUUAAAGAUUGAUGUUACCACGGCCGGCAAAGUUGUCUAUGGACGGGACACUAGACCUUCCGGUCACAAGCUCGUCGGAGCUCUUGCCGACGCCUUCGAGGCCACGGGUACCGAGUACGUCGACUACAAGAUCCUUACAACACCGCAACUGCACUACCUCACACGAGCCACCAACACCGAGGGUACACCGGAGUCAUAUGGAAAGGUCAGCGAGGUUGGCUACUAUGAGAAGUUUGCAGAUGCAUUCGUUCGUGCCCUACGGGGCAGGAAAGUCGACGGACCCCUGACCGUGGACUGUGCCAAUGGUGUAGGUGGACCGAAGCUGUCCGAGUUUCUCAAGUAUAUUCCAAAAGACAAGGUGUCCUUUGAUGUCAAGGUUGUCAAUGAUGAUGUCCUCCGGCCCGAGGUCCUGAACCUCGAUUGUGGUGCCGACUUCGUCAAGACUAAGCAGCGAGCUCCACCCACGCCGAAGCCUGUUCCUGGUGCUCGUUGCUGCUCUCUUGACGGCGAUGCCGACCGACUGAUCUAUUACUGGCACGACCCUGAAUCGGGCUUCUUUAUGCUCGACGGUGAUCGCAUCUCGUCAUUGGCUGCUUCCUUCAUCGCGGACCUUGUUCGAGGUGCUGGUCUGGAGGAAGAUGUGCGGAUUGGCGUCGUGCAAACUGCCUAUGCCAACGGUGCCAGCACAAACUACAUCCAGCAGCAUCUGCGCCUUCCGGUUGUAUGUACACCAACGGGUGUCAAGCACCUACAUCACGCCGCCUGCAACUUCGAUGUAGGCGUGUAUUUCGAGGCCAAUGGACACGGCACUGUGCUCUUCUCCCAGGACGCCGUCCAGGCCUUCAAGAAGAAGGAGCCGCAAUCACCGGCACAAAAAGAUGCCCUCGAGACCCUUUCGGCCGUUGCCGACUUGAUCAACCAGACCGUUGGUGACGCUAUAUCAGACAUGCUGAUGGUCGAGGUGAUCCUAGCGCACAAGGGCUGGACGCUGCGCGACUGGGCCAUGACAUACACCGACCUACCCAACCGGCUCGUCCGUGUCGAGGUCGGAGACAAAGAUGUAUUCCAGACCACGGAUGCCGAGCGUCGUCUAUCGCACCCUCCCGGCGCCCAGGACGAGAUCGACCAGCUGGUCAACAAGUACACAAACGGCCGGUCGUUCGCACGCGCGUCCGGCACAGAGAACGCCUGCCGUGUGUACGCCGAGGCGGCCACGCGCGUUGAGGCUGACGAGCUGGCAUCCAAGGUUGCACGCAUUGUCAAAAACUACGGUGGCGGUCUGUAG